CAUUACCCUUUUACCAUACACUAUACAGCCGCGAUUGCUGAUUCUCGAGAGAGCGAAAAGAGAGGCGGCGAGAACGAGAAGGGCAGCGCACAAGGGGAAAGCGAGAAGAAACGGGAGCGGCAGCGUAGGAGCUACAUCUCUUGUGCGGACAUUAGGAGGAAUUAGCUGGUCAUGGCAAAGCAUCAUCCUGAUUUGAUUAUGUGCCGAAAGCAGCCCGGAAUCGCAAUUGGUCGGCUAUGUGAGAAGGACGAUGGCAAGUGUGUCGUCUGCGACUCCUAUGUUCGUCCUUGUACGCUUGUACGAAUCUGCGACGAGUGCAACUACGGUUCUUUCCAAGGCCGUUGUGUCAUCUGCGGCGGCGUCGGCAUCUCGGAUGCAUAUUACUGUAAGGAAUGCACGCAACAGGAGAAAGAUCGCGACGGCUGCCCGAAGAUUGUCAACCUUGGCAGUGCCAAGACUGAUCUCUUCUAUGAGAGGAAGAAAUAUGGAUUCAAGAAAAGGUGAUCUAUGAUGUGUUCUUUUGCUUUAGGUGUGUGUGUUUUUAUGUGCUUGGUAUGGUACUUGAACAUUUAUAGAAUGAUGAGAGUCAAGUGUAGUUUUAAGCAGUUUGAAGGAAAAUGAUAUUGUUUAGUUUCAUUAUGUUUUUUUUGAUAGUUUAUGAAGCUUGGAAUUACUGGUUUUAAUAUUUUUGGAUUGGUAAAAAUAAUUAUUAGUUGA